AGGAGCCUCCAUCAACGCAAUCAACCCUAUGUUCCUCUUCGAACGACGAGGCUACAGCGCUCGGCAGCGCGAAGGAAGAAGAUGCGAUCACCGAGCUCCAAGCUCGCUUUGCAUGUGAGCGCCCUCGUAGCGCACCAAACAAGAGCGCGACGCUCGAGAAGAAGAAUGUUCUGCGCCACAAGGCACGGCAACCCAAGAAAUAAAUCCCACCCGGCACGAGCGCUCGUGUGA